AUGGCACCUACUGAGAGCUCAAUACUCACAAACUUCCUGAUCCCCCCUGCUCCGCUCCACCAAGUCCUCAGUCUCGACGACUUUACCGCUCUGUUCCCGCGCAAAUACCACUCCAGUCCACAGAUAGAGCUAAUCUACCGCGAGUUCCAGCACCAGCGCGCUAUCGAUACAGACGACGUCAAGCGCAAUAUCGCGUCAGAGGUCAAGAGAGGGGAAAAGUACCAGCGCGAAGUGAUCCGGACGAGGCGCAAGCAAGAUGCACAGGCUGCGGAGGGUGUAGAUAUGGCAGACAUCCGGAUGGAAGCACAGCUGUUUGGCCAAUCUCAGCACCGCCCAUCGAACAAAGCCCACACCCCAGUCACCCUCCAGGCUGCCCUGGAUUCGGCUUGCAACGACGUAGAAGCCGAGAUCACAGCCCUGGAGGCAGAAGCGGCGAGCAAAUUACAAAAGAUCCAAGGCAUCAUCGGCGGCUUGAGCGAUCUGAGGUAUGGGAAGUUUGCUCAACCAGCCGGCAGCGACGCCGAUUUGAGUCAGGAUACGGAAGAAAACCUACAGAGACUUAAGAAGCUCUGCGCUGAAUCUUCCAAGGGCUGA